CUAAAAUAGAUGUUUACAGAGCAGUUUCUAAGUGCAGCAAAGCCAUGUGGCAGGUGACAGAUUAUAAUCAGUGACAUACAAAUAAAUUUGUUAACUGAACACAGAUACACUCUGAAUCUUCAUUCCACAAAGAAGGAAUCGUUGGAAGAUUGGACCCCAUGGCAGCUUCCCGAUUCUCCAGUCAAGAAUCCCUGCUAAGCGGAAAAUACAAAAUAAGCCGCCACAAUGCACUUAGUGUGUUUGAGCUGGAGAAACUUCUGUACACAGGGAAGAUGAUAAAACAGCAUGCAGAUGAAGUGUGGCCGAACCUGUAUUUGGGAGAUCAGGAUAUAGCAGCUGACAAAGGUGAACUGUUGCGGCUGAACAUAACCCAUAUCCUUAAUGCCUGCCAUAGUCGAUUCCGAGGAGGAGAAGACUACUAUAAAGGAAUGAAUAUUUCCUAUAUGGGUAUUGAGGCUCAUGAUUCAGAAAUAUUUGACAUGAGUAUCCAUUUCUAUCCUGCAGCAGAUUUUAUCCACAAAGCUCUAAGAGGGAGAGGUAAGAUCCUGGUACACUGUGCCGUGGGAGUUAGCAGAUCUGCAACACUGGUGCUUGCCUACCUCAUGAUACAUCAUAAUAUGACUUUGGUUGAGGCUAUCACAACAGUAAAAGAGCGUAGAGGAAUAAUCCCAAACAGAGGUUUUCUGCGUCAGUUAUUGAAUCUGGAUAAAUCCUUGCACAACGUGUAUUAAAUCCCUUUUGAAAUUGGUUAUCAUUUAUACAGUUCUUGUUACAGUUCUUAUACAGUUCUAGUUUCAUAUCGAUCAGUCAUCAGUUAGGGUAAUGUUUAAGGUCAUCUCUUACCUGGCUUCCCACUGAACUUGUGUAAAAACUGAAUAUACUCACAUACAUCA